UAUAAAUAUCGGUUGUGUCCUCGGGAAGCCUCAACGUUCAUUUUUAGCAGCGGUACCUGCCGUAAACAUGCGCGCUCUUCUUCUCUGUGCUGCUCUACUGGUUUGCUCGGCCACCGCUCACCACGUCGGUGAGUGCGGUGUGCCUCGCAUUCAGCCUCACCUGGAGGCCGAGGACCGCAUCGAAGGCGGCAAGGAGGCGGUGCCCGGCAGCUGGCCCUGGCACGUGCAGGUCAACACGCGUUCGGGCCACCACCGCUGUAGCGGGGCGCUCAUCGAUGACGAACACGUGGUCACGGCGGCCUCUUGCAUCUGGAAGCUGAAAGACAUUGGAGUUCUGAAGGUGCUCGCCGGCGCGCAUUCGAGAGACGCAGUCGCCGAAGGGGAAAGGAGCGCUGACGUCGUGGAGGCUUGCGUCUUCAAAGGCUACCAGGGAAGUCACGAGAACAACAUCGCCAUCCUGAAGCUGAAGAAGCCGCUGAGCCGCACUGACACCAUCCAGCCCAUCUGCCUUCCUGACGCGCCCGUUGUCGGAGGAUGGAAUGUGUACGCCACCGGCUACGGACACACUCAUCAUGACCAUGACUCCCCAGUGAAGGGCCUGAGCCAGGCUCGUGUCAAGACGGUGGCGAACAACAUGUGCUACGACGAGAACGACACAGAGGUUCCCAAGAGCGUCUUCUGCACUGUCUACGACCACGGCUCCCCCUGCAUGCACGACAUCGGUGGUCCCGUUAUGAGCAAGGUGGACGGUGCGUGGACGCUUCACGGCGUGGUGUCUGGCGGUGCCAAGGGAUGCAAGGUGGGCGAGCACCCAAUGCUUCACACCCGGGUGGCGCUGUUCGCCGACUUCAUCAACAAGUACACGCACGCUACAGGGGCGUCUGGCAAGGGACAGUGCGAUCUCAGAACGACCUCGGCGUGAUCGCAUUCUCGACGCUGUGCAACAAGGAUCCAAAUGAAAUGCUCAUAGAAACUUUGUUUUAUGCAAAAAAAAUAAAUAAAUAACUUUAUUCCCUGUUA